AUAAUUAUGCAAUGAAGUUAGCCAUCACUUGUCAAAGUUAUUAUUUUAUUGUUAAAUUUAUUUAAACUUAUUCUUUGACUGUAAUUUGUACGCCCUUCAGAGACAAGAGGGAAUGUCCAUACGUAACUAUUAGUUUAAAUUCAACUGUUGCAUUUACAUAACCUACAAAGCAGUACAUAAUCUAUGGAUGUGAGUACACCCUUUAGAAGCUGUCCGCAAGAACUACAACCACCAGACGUAGAGCAGGAAGGUCUCCCUUACUCACCGCUCGAUAUUUACCAAAAAGAUAAGCCUACGAUUGAGCAUGCAGAAGUAUGUCACAUUAAGAAUGAAUUAAAUUCCAGUUACACCGACGAGAGCAUCGGAAGCACGGCCGGUGAUUUGCUGAUAGACAGCGGAACUAGCCGUGAAAGUGACAGUGGGUCUCUGAAUCAGUGGCCGUCGCCUCAACGUUCCCAAUUCAACGAUCUGCUAUGCGGCGGUGCCGCUCUACAAGUUCAGCUCAAGGAGAGAAUCUUAAACUAUUUCUGCUCGUACUGCUCAAAGGGAUUCGCCAAAAAGCAGCAGCUCCAGAAUCACAUAAAGACCCACACGCAGGAGAAAAAUUUCGUAUGUGCAACUUGCAAUAAGACCUUCGUACAUAAACAGCAGUUGACAAACCACGAGAAGACGCACAGCGGCGUCAAGGACUUCGAGUGCGACAUGUGCGGCAAACGGUUCAGUUUAAAGCAGCAGAUGCAGAUACACAUUAAAACUCAUACGGGCGAGAAGAAUUUCGGCUGCGACAUGUGUGAGAAAAAAUUCAUCACCAAACAGCAAUUGCAAAAUCACGUCAACUCCCACUUGGGCGUUAAGCCGUUUACGUGCAGUGUGUGCGGGAAAAAUUUCGCACAUAAACAGCAAUUGACUAGGCACGAAUCGCGUCACAUGCUGCAGACACAUUUUUGCGUGGAGUGCAAUUUGAAAUUCUCGGGAAAUAAACGUCUUUCGAAACAUAUAAAUGAGGUGCACAACCGCAUUUUUAAUAGUUUAUAAUAUUGGCUAUUCUCUCAACUUUUGUGUGACAAAAUGUUACAGUGGACAUGUUGUAAUAGUGGAAGUUUUCUGGGUACAACGUCUGAGAUGUUCUAUCAAAUAACUAAGAAAUAUCAGUGUAUUUCCAAUUUAUUAUGUGUAAUUAUCCAAGCUGUUGUUAAAAUAUGCCUUAUUUAAGAGAAUUUUGAAUCAAUCAUUGGGUUUUAGUGGUAUUGAAUUGUAAUAAUAAAUAAAAUUUUUUCAAUUUUG